GACAAGCGCUGCGGUGUUUGUCCCCGACAUAGAUCUGCUGCUACGGUCGCUGUUUCUUGCGUUCGUGUCCAACCGCUGCUACCAUGCCUCGGGGAAGCCGCAGCGCUGCUGCCCGGCCAGCCAGCCGCCCUGCCGCCCACCCUCCUGCGCACCCACCGCCCUCAGCAGUCUCCCCGGCUCCUGUCCAGUCGGGCCAGCCUGGCCUCAUGGCGCAGAUGGCAUCCACAGCCGCUGGGGUAGCCGUGGGCUCUGCUGUGGGACAUGUCGUGGGCAGCGCCCUGACCGGAGCCUUCAGUGGGGGAGGCUCGGAACCUGCCCAGCCUGUUGUCCAGCAGGCCCCUGCCCGUGCUGCCCCCCAGCCUCUACAGAUGGGGCCCUGCUCCUAUGAGAUCAAGCAGUUCUUGGACUGCUCGACCACUCAGAGUGACUUGACCCUGUGUGAGGGCUUCAGUGAGGCUCUGAAGCAGUGCAAGUACAACCAUGGUCUGAGCUCCCUACCCUGAAGAGUCCUGGGUCAUAGCCUUGCACUCACCCUAUCUCCUCACUGACGGCCAGACCAUGAUGACAGAUUGUACCUGGGAGUAAGGAGGGGGUUUCUUGACCCAUGAAUAACACAGGACGCAAAUGUGCAAUUAAAGAGUUUAUUUUAGAUCACA